GUGUUGUCAAACAGGCAAACCGGUCAAACACGUCAUCCGUCAAUAAGGUGGCCUGAUAAUUUUAGACUUCAAAUAAAAUUGAAUCUCUCGCAUAAAAUAUCAAUAAAAUAAUAUGUAUCAGUGACACGCAUAGCUUUGGUUGCGUUCAGAAAAAGUCUGAAGAAACUUCCAGAAUGGGUUUGUUAUUCAGUUAUUUCAAGAGCCUGAUAGGUUCCCGUGAAAUGAGAAUUUUAAUAUUAGGCUUGGACGGUGCUGGUAAAACGACAAUAUUAUAUAGACUGCAAGUAGGAGAAGUUGUAACUACAAUACCUACCAUAGGCUUCAAUGUUGAGCAAGUUACUUACCAAAAUCUGAAGUUCCAAGUUUGGGAUUUGGGAGGUCAAACAAGUAUUAGGCCAUAUUGGAGGUGCUAUUAUAGCAAUACAGAUGCUAUUAUUUAUGUGGUAGACUCUGCCGAUAAAGAAAGAAUAGGUAUAUCCAAAGAUGAACUGGUUCCCAUGCUAAGGGAAGAAGAGCUAGCAGAUGCCAUUCUUGUAGUCUUGGCCAACAAACAAGACAUACCAGGGUGCAUGUCUUUGAAGGAAGUGCACCAGGCACUAGGUUUAGAAGCCCUCAAAAAUAGAACUUUUCAGAUAUUCAAGACAUCAGCUACAAAAGGGGAAGGUCUAGAUAUGGCUAUGGAAUGGCUUGCCAAUGCUUUGAAGAACCGUAAAUAACACAUUUUUUUUUCUAGUCCUGUAACCUGCUCCAUCGUGAUUUUGUCAAAUCACGUUUCAAACAUCAGAGAGUCGAUGUUUGAUUUAAUGUAUGUAAAUUUAGAAAGUUAUUCAUUUUAGAUGGAAUAUUUUAUUUUUGUAAAUGUAGUCGGGUAAUUUCAUUUGAGGGUUGCUGCUAGUUUCCAAAUCAUUAUUUUUUUAAAUGCAUUAAUUAACAUUUGCUUGGUGAGCUGAAAAAUUGCUCAAUCCACCAUAUGAAUUGACCUUGGAUGUGCAUUCAUGUUGGUACCAUUGGAAUUCAUUUGACAGUGUUGCCAACAUUGGCACAGUUCAAAAUCAGUUGAUGAAAAUAUUCAUACCAAUGUAUAUGGUGUUGAUUAUUUAUGUAACAAAUAUUUACAUAAGACAGUAAUAUUUCAAUGAAUACAGAUAUUCUGAGCAGCAGCCGUUUCUCAUCACUUUUGUUUAUGCUCCAUAUGGAAAACUGGUCCGUCUACAAAAACCUCCACCUGACUAUACAUAUUCUUUAGAUGUCAUUCCAAUGCCUACUUCAUAUUUAGUAUUAUUUCGUGAAUAAUCAAUUUGGAAUCAUAAAUUGAUGCUAUAAUGAAUUUUGUACAUUUCGAUAGAAUAUAGAUGUCAAAUAUAACUUAUUUAAAUA